UCCUCUCCUGCAAGAGCGAACUGAAGAGAGACGGCAAAGAGGUCGGGGGAGAGACACGCAGCGAUCUGAUUAAAAUAACGUCAAAUGGGGUUCAGAUUUUCUAUUCUCAGUCCCAUCUACAAAGCCUACAUUUCUAGGAUCUCUUCCCCGUCAUCUCCACAUACGAGAACGCGCUUCAAUUAUCUGCUUCUUCCCUCCAAUUCUCAUCUGCAAGACUCGUUGGUAUUCUCCGACAAUUAUCAUCCCCAUUACAAUAUCCCAAGGAGAUGGCACGUGGGUCAUUCUCACCACCACCACCAUCAUUCGGGGGAAGAGGGAGAGAACAUAUUCAAGUUGGGUCUCGCUGCCGACGUCGCUCUUGCCACCGGGAAAGUUUUGACUGGAUACUUGUCCGGCAGCACUGCCAUCAUCGCCGACGCAGCUCAUUCUGUCUCCGACAUCGUCCUUAGUGGUGUUGCUUUGUGGUCAUUUCAGGCUUCGAGGGCUCCCAAGGACAAAGAACACCCAUAUGGACAUGGAAAAUUUGAGACUCUGGGAGCUCUUGGAAUUUCUUGUAUGCUUUUGGCAACAGCUGGGGGCAUUGCAUGGCAUGCUUUAGAUAUUUUGCAAGGAGUGCUGACGUCGACCUCUGAAAUGGCAAAUCAUUCUUCAGUCCAUGAGCAUUUGCAUAUCCAUGGUCAUGGUGGCCAUCACCAUGGAAUCGACAUGGCACACCCUAUUUUGGCUUUGAAUAUGACUAUUGUGUCAAUUGUUGUCAAAGAAGGUCUUUUUUGGAUAACAAAAAGAGCUGGGGAAAAGCAAGGAAGUGGACUGAUGAAAGCGAAUGCAUGGCAUCAUCGUGUUGAUGCUGUCUCGUCAAUUGUUGCUCUCAUUGGGGUUGGAGGCUCUAUUCUCGGAGUGAAGUUUCUAGAUCCCCUUGCGGGGCUCAUUGUCUCAGGGAUGAUCCUAAAAGCUGGAGUUGAAAAUGGGUACCAGAGUGUCAUGGAACUGGUGGAUGCUGGAGUUGAGCCGCAUCUUUUGGAUCUUGUUAAACAAACAAUACUCCAAGUUGAAGGGGUCAGGGGAUGCCACCACUUGAGGGGAAGGAAGGCUGGGUCGUGUAUGCAUCUUGAUGUACACAUUGAGGUUGAUCCGUUUUUGAGUGUUAGUGCUGCACACGAGAUUGGUGAAAAUGUUCGUCGCCAAAUCCAGAGAUCCCAUACUGAAGUAGCUGAAGUUUUCAUACACAUAGAUCCGGCGAUUUCACAAUUCUCUUCCCAAAUAUCAAACCUGUCAGAAAAUGCGAAGGGAAUGGAUCUUAUGAAUUUGAAUGUCUGUUCAAAGAAAAAUGACGUUGAAACUGUUGUCUCUGACAUCCUUGCAUCUAAGUUUACAGAGAAGAUGGUUGUUGAGCACAUAACGCGCCACCAAUUACAAGGCAACAUUUUACUUGAAGUUGAGGUCUCCAUGCCCGAUGAGAUGUUGAUCCGGAAUGCAAUUGAAGUGGCGAAAGGAGCAGAAAAGGAAAUCUUGAAGACAGCCCCUAAUGUAAACCAAGUGAGCAUCUUACUGAGGUUGGGCCAUCCAAUCGCACGCUCGAAAACCAUGAAAAUCUGUAACCGUUGAGGUAUUCUUAUUAAUGGGGAAUGCUUAAUUCUUCUUGUCAUAUUUUUUGGAAAUAAUGUAAAAUCUUCACUCCAUGUAAAGGGGAUUUUAAUUUAACAAAGCCAAACAGGUUCUUCCUUAAAAAAGC